AUGUCCCAGCGCAACAUGGCAAGAUUGACGGAGGGCAGUAUGGGAUGGCAUGGCCGUUCUAAAGGCAUGGAUGGACACCUGUGCGUGCGUGGUGUACAUUGCCUUCUGCUACCGUUGAGCUUCUCCGAGCACUCAUCUCGGACAGAGCGAACCCUUGCUGUGGAGGUGAUCGCAAUACAGGAAACCGUACGAUCCGACUCCAGAGUCAACCACGUCUCAAACGCCGGCUUCAGUCUGCGAUUGCGGGACGAGGCGGCCCAAGACGACGCUGACAGAUUGCAGGGUGCACUUGUUCCUCCGCGGACCAUGGGGAAACUGGCUGCAAGCAGCCGACUGCUCCCAGUCCACGACUCUGUGGCGUCCGCCCUUUGCAGCCCACCUCGUGAGGACAGGACACCAGAAGACCCAGUGAACGGCAUAUGCUUUGACGCCAUCCUCGUUCCUCCAAUGUGGUUCCGCCGAACGAAUUAUCGUUUGCAACGGGGCGCCGGCCUGGACCGUAGACGGCCGGGGAAGACGGAGCUGCCGGCCGCCGCCGUGCCGUGGCGCCGAGUGGGACUUCACGAUGGCCUCACGUGCACGCCUCCCGACUACACCACCAGCCUAGCUAAGCUCUGA